GCUUGGCUGAUAAAAUAAGCUACCUUGUUGCCCAAGAAGCAAGGGAAUAUGCUUAUGCUGCUCGCUUGCUUCUAUUGUUUUGUUUUGUUUUGUUUAUAAAAAGGAAACAAAAUAUUAAAAGAGAAGAAAGAAAAACAGAGUGGCAUCGGCGAACACGCUUCUCGCUCUUCUAUUUUACCAUUCUCUCUCAUACAAUCUCAUAGACCAUAGAUCACACACACAGACCACAGAUCGCAAAACCUAUUAGCCUAUAGCCCACCUUUUUUAUUUUAUAUUUCUUUCUUUUUUCAUUGAGAUUGAGAGGCUCUUUCAUUGACAAAACACACAACUCUCAAACUCUCCGCCAACUCUCCUCCAACUCGUCAACUCUCAAACUCUCAAAAAAGAAGAGGAAGAAGAAGAUUCCAAGGCGGAAAUACAAGGAGAAUAGGAAAAUGGAUCAGAGGCCCAAGACGAAGAUCGUGUGCACGCUAGGACCUGCAUCGCGUUCGGUGCCCAUGGUCGAGAAGCUGCUCAGGGCCGGAAUGAACGUUGCGCGCUUCAACUUCUCCCAUGGCUCCCACGAAUACCAUCAGGAGACCCUCGACAAUCUCAGGGCCGCCAUGGAAUCCACCGGUAUUCUAUGCGCCGUCAUGCUCGACACCAAGGGUCCAGAGAUUCGAACUGGAUUUCUCAAGGAUGCCAAACCUGUCCAGCUCAAACAGGGCCAAGAAAUCACCAUAUCCACUGACUAUAGCAUCAAGGGUGAUGAAACUACCAUUUGCAUGAGCUACAAGAAGUUGGCUGAGGAUGUCAAGCCAGGGAGCAUGAUACUCUGCGCUGAUGGCACUAUCUCAUUUUUGGUUUUAUCUUGUGACAAGCAAAAGGGUUUGGUUCAAUGCCGCUGUGAGAACUCUGCUGUUCUCGGUGAGAGAAAGAACGUUAAUCUUCCAGGGGUCGUAGUGGAUCUCCCGACCUUAACAGACAAGGACAAAGAAGACAUUCUUAAGUGGGGAGUUCCAAAUAAGAUUGACAUGAUUGCUCUGUCUUUUGUUCGGAAAGGUUCCGACCUUGUGGAGGUUAGGAAGCUCCUUGGAAAGCAUUCUAAGAAUAUCCUUCUCAUGUCAAAGGUUGAGAAUCAGGAAGGGGUGGCGAACUUUGAUGACAUCCUUGCAAAUUCAGAUGCAUUCAUGGUGGCACGAGGUGAUCUUGGAAUGGAAAUUCCAAUUGAAAAGAUCUUCCUUGCCCAGAAAGUGAUGAUCUAUAAGUGCAACAUCCAAGGAAAACCCGUCGUCACGGCAACACAGAUGUUGGAGUCAAUGAUCAAAUCUCCACGUCCAACUAGGGCUGAAGCUACUGAUGUUGCCAAUGCGGUUCUAGAUGGCACAGAUUGUGUGAUGUUAAGUGGUGAGACUGCUGCAGGAACUUAUCCUGAACUUGCAGUUCGGACCAUGGCCAAAAUAUGCGUAGAAGCAGAAAGUACCCUUCAUUAUGGAGAUGUCUUCAAAAGGAUUAUGGAUCAUUCUCCCGUGCCCAUGAGCCCAUUAGAGAGCCUGGCUUCUUCUGCCGUUAAAACAGCCAACUCGUCCAAAGCAGCUCUUAUUUUGGUCCUAACCAGAGGAGGAAGUACCGCAAAACUGGUGGCUAAGUACAGACCAGGCAUGCCUAUACUGUCUGUUGUUGUCCCUGAGAUCAAGACCGAUUGCUUUGACUGGUCAUGUAGUGAUGAAGCUCCAGCAAGGCAUAGUCUAAUUUUCCGUGGCUUGGUUCCAGUUUUAAGUGCAGGAUCUUCCAGGGCCUCUCAUGCAGAGACGACUGACGAAGCACUGGACUUUGCCAUUCAACAUGCUAAGACGAAGGGGCUCUGCAAGAAUGGAGAUGCUGUUGUGGCUCUGCACCGUGAUGGAACUGCAUCUGUGAUCAAGAUCUUGACUGUGAAGUGAUGAUCAUCCCGAUAACUUUUUUGCUGCCCUUUUUGGCGUUCUCAGAAUUAGCCAAUGACAAUGCUUAUGAUUUUGCCUCAUUUAAUAUGUUUUUGGAUGCAAAAACAUCUACCUACUGCCAUCUAUCUUUGUGAUGAGCUGGCUUUGAUAGCUACAUAAUUGCUGAAUGCGAUAUGGAACUUUAUGCAAUACUAAUAGGAUUAUUUGCAAUAUUAUAUUUUAAGGGAAUACAUUUUCCUACUUUGCUGAA